AUGGAACCAACAUUAUGUUUUCGAUUAUGCGACACACCUAUAAUUUAUUUACAAGGUACAAUAUGUCGUUGUUCAGGUGGUGGUCUAAUGGAUUAUAGACGACAAAGUAAUGAUCUUUGUCAAAUACCAUGUACAAAACCAGUUGAUCGUUCAGUAAAAACACCUAAUACAUGUGGUGGUUCAUCAACAUAUUCAGCUUAUGUUCAAGAUAAAUUUUUUAUUAAACAUGGACAUUUAUUUGAUUAUCAAAUUAAUUUUGCUUCAUGUGAAUUAUGGACAGGUUCUGAUGUUUAUGAUACAUCUGAAGUUCGAUUGAAUGAUAUUGGACGAUCAUCUUUAAAUAAAUUAGAACAAUGUGCAGCUACAUGUUUAGAUCGAAAUGCAACAACAAGAUCAAUAGGAUUUAAUGAUGAUAGUGACAAAUGUUUAUGUAUAAUGCCAUUGAAAUCUAGUAAAAUCUUUGAUCGUACACAUUAUAUAAAACAAUUAGCAAAUAGUUCAUGUGAUCAUUAUUGUAAAAAUUCAUAUGAAGGUUCAAAAAUUGAUCUUAAAUUUCAAUGUGGUUCAUUAACAAAUCCUCAAAUAUGGGCUAUAUAUGAAUUAAAUGGAACAUGUCCAAUAAAUUUUAUUUAUAUGAAAGAAUUAAAAAAAUGUAUAUAUGCAUAUAAAAAUUUUUGGAAUUCAUGUACACCACCAUCAAUUAGUUUUUCUUUUGAUGAAAGUAUAACAUGGAAUAAUUUAUUAAAAAUAAUUAAUAAAUUAAAUUUAAAUAAUUCAGCUGUAACUAUUGAUUUUGAUGAUAGUGUUGUUAUUGAUCGUUCAUGGAAAUGUUUAAGUGCAUUAACAACAACAACAACAACAACAUCAUCAUCUUAUGUAUGGUCAUCUUAUCUUUCACGUUCACGCUCAAGUUUAUAUGGUUGGAAUUCUAAUACACGUUAUAUUCUAGAAGAUGGAUGUUUACUUGAAACUUCAUAUUCAUCAUAUUCACAUCGAUAUUCAUAUCGUUUAUGUGUAACAGAUCCAGUCUAUAGAUAUUCUUUAACAGAUAAUGAAGAUAAUAAUGAAACUUAUAUUGCUGCUGUAAAUCCACAAAUAAAAUAUUGUCCAACAAAUUGGUUUGAUUUAAAUGGACGUUGUUAUCGGGUUUCAGACGAACGUAAAACCAUUGAACAAGCACGAAAUAGUUGUAUUAGUGUAUCAACAACUGGAUCAACUACAGUGGGUCAACCUCGUAUAUGGUUAAUGGAUAGUUCUGGUAAUCUCAUUGUUGGCAAUGAAUUAAAUGAUUCACCAAAAGGUGAUAUUGUCGAAUAUAUAUCAGAAUGGCAAGCUAGACUUGGAUUUUUUCUUCUUGAUACUGAUCCUGAUCAUGAUGAUGGAGUUGUAGAUACAACAACAUCAUUACACAAUACUUUUUAUGAUGAUGCUUUAUCAUCAACAGAUAUUGAUGAGACUGUUAAUCUUAAUCAUGGAUCAAUAAAUGAAUUUCAAUUAAUUGAUUCAAAUGAAAAUAGAAACAUUUCAAAUAAUACAUGUUUGGUUAUAACACGUUCAACAACUGAAGAAGACGAAAAACCAAUGAUUAAAAAUACUCUUAUGGAUGAUUGUUCUAAACCAAGACAUGUUUUAUGUGAAACAAAUACAUUAAUUGUUCAAAAAUAUCAAUAUGAUUGUUUUAAUAAACCAAAUGUACUUGAUUUACCAGCAUUAAUAUCAAAUCAUUUAACACAUGAAUUAUGUUUAUCUGUAUGUCAAGAAUUACAAACAAAAUUAGCUAUUUUACAUAUUAAUAAAUGUUAUUGUUUACAUGGUUCUAAUUCAAAUUCAUUAAAUAUAACAACAGAUUUUGAAAAAUUUCGACAAAAAAAAUGUGGAAAUGUUUGUCCAGGUAAUUCUCAUGAACUAUGUGGUAAUGAUAAUACAAUAGUUGUUUUUCAAAUUUUUGAUUCUCGUCGUACAUAUUCAUUUGUUCGUACACCAGCUGAACCAUUUCCUAAUCAUGCUUAUGAUAGUUGUAUAUAUUUAAAUUCAUUUAAUCAAUCCAUAACAUAUCAAUUUACAAUUUAUAAUAAACAUGAAUUUCAUCCACGUUAUUGUUUAGCAUUUUGUACACAAUAUAAACAAAAAUUUGCAUUAAUUAAUGAUAAAGAAUGUUUAUGUACAAAUAAACCAAUGAAAGAUGCUGAUGAUGUUAAUAUAUUGUCUGGACAAGAUUGUUCUCAACCAUGUGCAGGCAAUUAUUUUUAUUCAUGUGGAAAUAAAAAUAAUGUUACUAUAUAUUCAAUGUAUUUAUUAUUACCAAAAUGUCGACAUGGUUUUGAAGUCGCAGAAAAUGAUCAACAAUGUGUUUUUAGUCAUUUUUCUUCUAAAACAAAUUCUUUUCUAUUAGCAAAAAAAUAUUGUGAAUCAAUUGGUAGUACAUUAGCAAAAAUUAAUGAUAUUGUUGAAAUUCAAGAUAUUUUACCAGAUUCAAUAUUACAUACACGUCUUAUGCAACAAUUACUUCUUUUUUAUAGAUUUCGAUUUGUUAAUGAUACAAGAUAUUAUUGGUUUGAUCGUACAACAGAUACAGCUGAUCCAGCUACAAUAUCUGAACGUUUACUUAAACAAUGUUCUAAAAUACCUGAAAUUUCUGAUAAAAAUUGUAUUGCUAUACAAAAUGUACCAAAUUCAGAUCAAAAUAUAGUUAGUCAUGAAAGAUGUAUUACUGAAUCAAAUGAAUGUUCAACAGUAUUAGCUAUGCCAGUUUGUGUUGAUAAACAAAUAGAAAUAAUACCAACAAUUGUUCCACCUAUUUCAGAUGAAAAUCCAUCACAAGUAUCAGUUAAUAUUACAAGUGAAAAUUUGUGUGAUGAUGAAGAUAAUGAAUAUCAUUUUAUAGAUAAUUAUUGUUAUAAAAUAUUAUAUCAUGAAGUAACUUGGAAAGAUGCUCAAGCAGAAUGUCGACGUGAUAAAGCUAUGGUAUUUGUUCCGGAAAAAUCUAUUACAUUACAAUACAUUAAAUCAUUAUUUCUACGUCGAAAAACAUACACAUCAUCAGGUGUUGCACAUGUUGGUGUUUAUUAUCAUAAUAUAAAUCGUACUGUUGUACAAUAUGAUAUAUCAAGUGAAAUUGAUACAUUAGUUGUACCAGAUUCUAAUGCUAUUUAUGAUUUAUGUGAAAAAACAUUUCAAGAACGUUAUACAGCAUUAAUGAUAUCAUCAAGUUUAACAACAAGUGAAAAAGCUCGUUUAAAAACUCAACAAAAUGGUUGUGCAUACAUUGAUUUAAUGUCAAGCGUUGCACCAGCAAUUCGAUGUGAUGAAAUACCUUGUAAUCGAACAGCAACUGUUAUAUGUCAAAAACUACCAACUAUUAAAACAAGUAUUAUUAACGCUAAACGUGAAUAUAUUGAUGAACCAUCGACUGAUGCUGUAACUGAUCUUUCAUCAACAGCAACAGUAAUUAGUACUGAAACAGUUUCAUCAGUGAAUGCGAAUGAAGAUGAACCAGACUCUUCAGAUGAAACGAGAUCAAUUGGAAGAGAUUUUGCUCCAAUAUUUUUAAUUUUAACUAUUAUUUUUAUUCUUAUACUUCUUGGUCUUAUAAGUACAAUAUACAAUCAACGUGAUUUAAUAUUUCGUCGUACUCAUCGACAUAAUACAGACUCUAUUUAUUCUCAAUUAACAUCUGCAAAUGAAUUUGAUUUAAAUUGA